CUCUUCCCCACAGUGUGGAGCAGCCGGCAGUGCGUGCACACACACACACUCACACAGCCACACACACUCACUCUUGCACACACACUCACGCACAACAAAGCAGGUGGAAAAGGGAGGCAGUAAAAACAAAGAACAUUAGAGACAGAUACAACCUUCCUCCUGAAUUUUUUGGUAUAUUGCAAUCUGCCUGGAGUUUGUGCCAUUUCGUGUGUGGCUGGUCGUUCCUGCAUACACUUUGAGUGCCAUCAGCUGUGUGUGCAGAGAUCUAUAUCCACGACUGUCUACAUAACAGCUUUGUGCUUCAGCCAGACAGGAACAAAGUGUGCGUCUGGGAUAUCUGUCAACCUCCUUUGGGAACUGACUCUGCACCGACUGUCAACAACGAGGGAGUACAGAGAGAGAAAGACGGAGAGAGCAAGCGACAAAGUCAAGGCAUAAGCAGGAGACCAGAAGCUGACUUUCCGGAGAAGUGAUUGUCAUAGUGUCCCCCUCCUCUUCCCUCACCUCCCUCCUCCUUCCUCUCCUCUCUCCUGUGUCGUUGUUCCUUGUUUCUUUGCACACACCUCUGCUGCUAUCCCAUCUUCGUCCCUCUGUUCUCCCUUCAUCACCUCCUCCUCCCUUCCUUCCAAAGACGGCGUGAGACGCACGCGCCAGUGGCCGUAUCAUCCCAUUUUCUCUCUGCAUCCUCUUUUGGCUCCAUCCCUUCCUCGGAUCUAGCCUCCAGCUGCGGAACCGCAAACAGAAUCUCUUUGAGUUGUUGGAUCCCAAACGCGAGUCUCUGUAUCCAGCCACAGUCAGAAGGAUUCCAGCUACAUGGGAAAACGCUUGGAACAGCAACCAAUGUACCCCCAGUACACUUACUACUACCCUCACUACCUUCAGACUAAGCAGUCAUAUGCUCCGCCCCCUCCUCCCAUGGCUCCGCCCAGCCCCGGCACCAACAGCAGCAGCCACAGUGCAGCGGAGCAGCUCAGUAAAACGAACCUGUACAUCCGGGGACUUCCGCCUGGCACCACCGACCAGGACCUCAUCAAACUCUGCCAACCGUAUGGAAAAAUUGUGUCUACAAAGGCAAUCCUGGACAAAAACACUAACCAGUGCAAAGGAUAUGGCUUUGUUGAUUUUGACAGUCCAGCGGCAGCACAGAAAGCCGUAGCAUCCCUGAAGGCCAGUGGAGUGCAGGCACAGAUGGCAAAGCAACAAGAGCAGGACCCCACUAACUUGUACAUCUCAAACCUCCCUGUUUCGAUGGAUGAACAAGAGCUGGAGAACAUGCUGAAGCCCUUCGGCCAUGUCAUCUCCACACGGAUACUCCGAGACGCCAAUGGGGUCAGCCGAGGGGUCGGCUUCGCCAGAAUGGAGUCCACUGAGAAAUGUGAUGUGGUGAUUCAGCAUUUCAAUGGAAAGUUCCUCAAAACCCCACCAGGAGUACCAGCCCCAACGGAGCCGCUGCUGUGCAAAUUUGCAGACGGAGGACAGAAGAAGAGGCAGAGUCAAAGCAAGUACCCUCAAAAUGGACGACCGUGGCCCCGGGAAGGAGAGAGUGGCAUGGCGCUGACCUAUGACCCCACCGCAAUGCAAAAUGGGUUCUACUCCUCUCCAUACAGCAUCUCCACAAACCGUAUGAUCGCCCAGACGUCAAUCACUCCAUUCAUUGCAGCCUCUCCAGUCUCCACAUAUCAGGUCCAGAGUACGUCGUGGAUGCCUCACCAACAGUACGUUAUGCAACCUACGGGUGCUGUGAUCACGCCAACCAUGGACCACACUAUCUCCAUGCAGCCUGCUAACAUGAUGGGUCCCCUCACCCAGCAGAUGAACCACAUGUCCCUGGGUACCACUGGCACAUACAUGACUGCGGCUGCUGCUCCUAUGCAGGGGACCUACAUUCCCCAGUACACUGCGGUUCCUGCCUCAGCUGUCUCAGUGGAGGGCGUGGUGACGGAGUCUUCUCCACAAGGCAUUCCACCCUCCUCGCAGGACGCAAAUGGUCAGCAACAGACUAUGGGCGUGGACAACCCCAAUGAUCACGCGCCCACCUACUCCUUUCAGCCCGCUAAAUAACCUGAGGAGGUGGGGGUGGGGCGUUGAGGUGACUGCGUUGCCUUGAAACUGGGGGACUGCAACGAGGGAACAUUGAAGACAGAGCGCAAGAUAUAGGAAAACACGUUUGUGUCUACUUUUGCACAAGCAUUAAAAAAACAAUUUAUUUAACACCUGGCCCACACCAGAGGACCAUUGGAGAACUCACAUCCAGAAAUGCAGUCUGUGAGAGAAAAAAAAAAAUCCUUCAUGAAGUGAUAAAUUCAAACAAGUACAAGUUUUCCUAUUCUUUUUUUCGAAUGUGCAGGUAGGUUUUCAGAAACAGUGGGUUUUUCUAUUAGUCGAGGAAGCCAAUUCUUGUAAAACAAUGAGAGAAGGAGAAUAAGUCUUCCUCGGAUUCUAAGCUACUAUUACUUUUCUUUUUUUAUGAGUUAGAUUUUAGUUUUCUAGAGAAUAUCAAUGUUUUUUCAUCUUUGUUGCCUUAAUUUCGAGAAACAUCUAAGACUUUUUCCUGUUCGAACUGUUUGGACUGACAAAUGCAGUGACAAAUGACCUGACAAAGAGAAAAAUUACCUGUAUAGCUUUUAGAGAGAGGUCUUCUGGAGACAUUUUAAAUUAUCAGUGGUAUCUUUGUGUUUAAAAGAGAGGACAGACUAAAUAUUGUGAUGAUGAUGAUGAUUAAAGAGAAUUGCAUUUUUUAGAAACAGAGGGGGAAAAAAUGUUAUUCCACUGCAUCAUGUGAAAUGCAGUUUAUUGUGUAGUGCAGAGCAUUUUUAAUGGCAUUAUUGUUUUUAUCUGCAAUAUUUUUUAUCAGCUUUAAGGUGUUUUUAGCCUGCUUUGCUUGUUUCAUUGCGGAAAAAUGUUAAAAACUUUCAAAAGUAAAAAAAAAAAAAUACUGGCAGUGCAAAUCUACAUAGAUAAGAGCUUAUGGAUGAAAUCAGAACGGGAAAAAAAGCAAAUGUGCGCAAAAAGCAAUAGUAAUAGGAAAUUGUUGACAAUUUCUUUAGUCUUUCUUAGCAGUGGAUCAAAUGCAGCCCAUGGAUGGCAUAUUUUAUACCAAAGAUGAAGAAACCCCCUUCAAGACAGUGGAGAGGAUUGAUUUUACGUUUUCCUUUUUUCUAUUCUAAUAUUUUUUUGGUGUUUUAAUAAUUAUGUUUCUAAAGUAUCCGUUUGACCUUGACGGCCAAACUGGUGCUUUACUUUAAAGGUUUAAACUUCCUUCCACUGUUGCAGAAUCUAUGUCAAGUGUUCAGUUGAUCGGCAGAAAGCCACCAUCACAGAUUUCACAAAUUGCUGAGUGUGUUCUCCCCACCUGAGGGCGUCAGAGAGAAUCUGAGCCGUCAAACAUCUCCCAUCUGCCAGGCUGAAUAAACUAUACCUCUCUUUCACUGCACCUUCUCAGUCGCUUACCUAAAGUCAGUCACUUUUACACAUCACACAUUCAUUCAGAAGGCUGCUUAUUAUUUCAACUCAACAGGAAGGAAUCGAAGCAUUCACUCGUGUGUAUUCAAAUUCUGUGUACAGCUCACUACCUCAUCGAAAGCAAUUUUAACACGUGGAAAGAUAGUUUGCAAAAUUAGCACCUAGUACAUCCGUUUGACAAAUGUUACAAAAAAAGCACCCUUCAACCUACUAAAAAAAACUGCUGGUCUUAGCUGGUUUAAACAGGUCUAGCUGGUCUCCCAGCCUGCCCAGUCUGGUCUUCAUUUGGAUUCCUAACCUGGCCAUGCUGGUCUCCCAGCCUGAACAAAAUGGUAUUCGCUGAUCAAACUGGUCACCCUACCUUUGCCAAGCUGCUCUAGCUGGUCUCCCACCCUGGCCAAACUGGUCUUCGGUUGGUUUCCCAACCAGGCCAUGCUGGUCUAGCUGGUCUCACAGCCUGGCCAAGCUGGUCUUCAGCUGGUGUAGUCUAGCUGGUCCCCCCACUUGGCAAAGCUGGUCUUCAGCUAGUCUGGUCUAGAUGGGCUCCCAGCCAGGCCAAGCUGGUCUUCAGCUGGUGUGGUCUAGCUGGUCUCCCUGCCAAGCCAAGCUGGUCUUCAACUGGUGUGGUCUAGAUGGUCUCCCAGCCUGGCCAGCUGAAAAGUGUCAGCAACCAUCUUAGGCUGGAUUAUAGUGUUUUUUAUGCAGGACAGUCAUCUACUUUAGACAUAUUUGCAGUCGCAACAAUUGAAACACCUCAUACUAUAUACAAGCUUUUUUUAAUUAACCACAUGCAAUUGGAAAUCACUCGUGAUAAUGGCAUUACUUGAAACUAAGGUGCCCACUGUCAUCAUACCUGUAGUAUUUGGUGGUUGCUAAGGUGACUUGUUUCAAUGCAGUGACCGCUAUCUCAGUAUUAGUUAGAAAUGUCACUCGUGACUAUCAUUCUAUGCGUGACCUUCUAUAUUUGAAAACUGCUAUCAUUUAUCAGGCUGCAGCAUUCCAGAGGGGGGACUAGUAAAUACAAGCGUAGAUAGGCUGGAUAAAUACUGUUUCUAAUUUUGCACCAGUUCCUGUUCUUUAUUCACCACGGAAUAGAUGUUAUUUUGAUGCAAACGGAUAGGAUACAACUCUAUAACCACUUUAGAGUUUCAAUGCACAAUUGCUGCCUUCACUGUUCUACACCUCAUAAAUAAAUAUGCCUCCUAGUUUUCAGGAUGAUUAGAGAUCUCUCAGGUGCUCUGAGAAUAAAUGCAGCUUUCAUUAGGAAGAAUACAGUUCUACUCUGAUUUCUGAUUUCUAUUCCGAAAUAAGAGAAUUCUAAGAAGUAACAGUUGAAUCUGUUAAUCCAUAAAGUGAACUGUGUGCUGAAGGGCCAACGAGAGACAUCAAGAUCAUUUUAAGUUCUAUAUGUGCUGGUCAUUGUGUUCCACAAGUCCUUUUUUAAUGUAAUUUUUCACUGUCUUUGCAAAGAGGAGAUUUUAGAGAAUGCUAUAAUAUUUUUUCCCAGUAUUCCUACAAUAAGACAUAAUAAAUAAAGUAAUGAUUUCAAUUAGCCACAAGAGGACAGUAUUAAAGCAAAGUUGGCGUACCUCAUCCUCUGCUUUGGCGUUAAGCAUUUCAGUUAGCUAUGAAACUAUUUCACACUGUAGAUGAAAGCGAUGCUAGAACGAGGAGCAGUUUUAGCAACACAACAAAACUACCGUCAUGACCAUACAGCACUGCUUUUAUAAGGAAAAUAAUCUUUCUUUUCAUUUUCACAGCUUUAAAAAAGAUUUUAAACAAAACAAAAAAAAAGGCACUGUGUUUUGUGUCUGUUAUCCACUGUCUUUUUGGAGAGUUCUUUUUAUCAUGUGUUCGCUGCUAUCAAGCAUUCAGUAUUUAAGGGCAGGGCCUUAGGGACAGAAAGGUGACUUGGGUGAGAGAAAACAAAUGUUAAAGGUAUAGUACACUUCAAAAAAUUCACUCACCCUCUUUUUGUUCAUAUGACUUUCUGUCUUCUAUAAAACACAAAAGGAGUUUAUAGGCAGAAUUUUAGUUACCAUUCACUUUCGUUGAAUUGAAAAAUAUGCAAUAAAAAUGAAUGGUGAUUGAAUGGUAACUUUCCUUUAAAUCUCCUUUUUGUGUCCCACAGAAGAAAGUAAGUCAUCAUUUUGGCACAACAUAAGGGAGAGUAAAAUUAUGACAGAAUUUACAUUAUUCCUUUCAGCUAGAGGUUUCAUUAAGCUGUAGGACAGAGUUAUCAUCGCAACUGUAAUUCAGUAUGCUAAGCACCUUUCAUCCACUCUAAGGUUUUUCACUAGCUAGAAACUCUGUGCUCCCAUUGUAACUUUCUAUUUGUUUAAGGACGUAAGGUCCAAGCCAUGCAUUUUUUUAUCUGUGCAUUUGAUUGGCUGUCAAGGUUGAGGUCAUUGAAUUAAAAAAUGUCAUUGGACUGUCCUGAAGAACCUUGACUCACCAUACCUGCGGUAUGACAGCAUGGAUAACACAAACUACAUUCAACCAAAUUUACCAAAAAUGGCAAAACCUCAAUUAGAGACUAACUUACUGGCAGAAGAAAUAGAGAAAUAUUUAUGGAAAUGUUUUUGUACAGGUGUUGUUGAAAUAUGAAAGCUAACAGUUGAUGCUAAGAAUGAUUUCUUGAGUUGCUUCACUUUCUUGCCUCCCAUGUGCUCGAGCUGUGAUCCUGAGAGUGUCUGUAGACCAGUGGAUAUUAGGUUUAAACUUCUGUUGAUUUUUUUGUUUCCUUUUGAUGAAGCUUUCAAUAAAAAAAUCUACAA